AUGUCGUUUCAACUACAGCCACCCUACCUUUUUCGGAUCGACGAGAUCGCCGAGACUUCUACUACUGUGCCUCGUCAACGUCCCGACGGUCACUGGGAGCCUUCUACGAAUGCGGGCGCAAAUGUUAGGAGAGGCGGAGGCGUCUCUGGAGUAUGGUGGUACUGUAACAAACAAUACUUCCAGGCGGUGGAGCUGGAUGAUGGGCCCCCUAUUGGCAGCUCUCUGUAUAAGACAUACUCCGUGUAUUACAGCGAUGGAUGCGGUAUCUGGGUUAUGGACGCGGACGCCACCACUUUGACGAACGGGGAUUGGCAUAGCUGGCAUACGCUCACAUUCGACCACUACGACGACUACUCUUCCUACCUCACGAAUGCCGGGGAGCAUCACACACUGUGCAUUCAGCGUAGUGGCCAACGGUGGCCGACUCUGUUGCUUCCGGACAUCUACCACACAGGCCGCCGAAUAACAUCAGCGUCGCAAUAUGGCGGCCUUAUCGGGGAGCUUCCCAUCCUCUUGGGCCUCAUUGCGCUGUCGACUCCCCGCGCAUGGCUUCCAAAUGUGCUUCCAACGAUGUUUAUGGGGGGAAAAUGGCAGAUUCAUCAAUAUUCACAACCUCGUGAGCAUCAACGAGGCAUCGUCGUUUACGUCUACACGGCCCCUUCGACAUGGGCAGACGGCUCGAAUGCGGAUGACUUGAGAAACUAUGAAGAGGGUCGUUGGGGAAAAUACUAUCACUGA